AUGUUUAUCUAUAUAUAUAUAUCAUCACUGUCCUUAUUCUGUCAUUGUGACAUUAGACCUUUCGACCCAAUCGUUUGUGUUUCGUUGAGCCAGAUUGCUGAUUCAGUGUUUUGCCGUUGUGUUGUGUGCCAGUCGCCAAUGCAGCCGGAGCAAGCGGAGGAAGCGCAGCAUGUGGUUGGCCAAAAUGGUGCCUAUGGCGCAUAUGAGCAGAACAGCGGCUAUAAUGCGUAUGGUGGCAUGCCCAUGCACAUGCAAUACCAACUGGCACCUGUGGAGAUGUGCAUUGUGCUGCCGCCCCUCCUGAAGAGCGCCGCAUUUGCAUCAAAGCGAUGUCUGGGGAAGGAGUUCCUGUAA